AUGGUCGGCAAAGGUGACGUCAAGAGCAGUCGCAUCUUCCACCAAUGUUAUUUGAAAUGUUGCAAAUUACAAAACUUAACGCCGUUAAACAAUGUGAUACCUUCUGGUAAUGGUAAAGUCGUAGAUUUUUGCGUGGACAGGAUUAAGUAUACGGACUGGCCUCCCAUACUGAAUGCCUUAAGCUGCGAUUUAAGUUUGCAUUCUGUUUCUAUAAAAUGUCGCCAACAAGUAAAAACGGUUCUUGAACAUAUUGACUGUGAGCGUCUCGCUAAAACCGUGAACAAGCGGGCAGUUAUUUUGACAAAUUUUAUGCUGAGUAACUUAGUGGAAGCGAUAUCACAACUACUCUCCAAUACCACGUUGCUAACGUCGUUGCUUCUUGAAGGAUUACCACUAAAGAUACCCUAUUUGAAUCCUAUAUGUGAGGCAUUAUUAACAAACAGUUCACUCCAACAUCUAUAUUUACCUCGAUCUUUGAUCGGAGAUGCAGGUUGUCUGGCAAUUUGUAAAGCUGUUCGAUGCCUACCAAAUAUUCUGACUAUGGACCUAAGUGGCUGUGAACUAACACCACUAGGAGCUGGCUAUAUAGCAGAUUUAAUAAAGUAUCAAAAGAUACACCGGUAUAGUGAAAAUUGGGUGCACACACUCCGAUACCGUUUGCCCGAUUUGGACACUAUGGCGGGAUUGAGGAGGAUCACUUUAUGUGGCAAUCCACAAUUAGGUGAUUUAGGUGUAAGGAAGCUGCUUCAUGAGUUGGCUGACGAUUUAUGGAUUAAAGCGCUUGAUAUUCAAAACUGUGGGUUGACUGAGGACUGCGCCUCGGAAGUGCUUCGUAUGAUGCAAUCGAACACAACCCUAGUUAUUUUGGACAUGAGACAUAACCCUCUAGUAUCAAACGAUGCUCUAUCGAAAAUACGAUCUGCUGUAAGGGAAAAUGAGAGGGGUAUUGGUGGACAGUAUUCAUGGUUGGGUAAUGGCAGUGGAUACUCCAGUGAUGGCAGAUCAGUAAAAUAUGUUCCUUCCAAGAAUGUAGUGGUAAAAGAAAGAGUCGCUUCGAACGUCAGGAAUGCACCUAAUAAGUACAAUGCCAAAACGAAUGGAAUCAAAAAGGAAAAAGAUUACGCCGAAGUAUUAGAAGAACAGCUACAAGAGGAGACGUCUCACCGGCGGCAGUUAGAGGAGCUCAAUGAACGACUCGUGCAGCAGAUGAGGUCUCUCAAGCAACAACAGAUACAGAUGUGGCAGAACAAUGCCAAUUCCUCGGGUUCAGAACAAUCGCUCCAAGUGAGCUCUCGUUCGGGCGACGUGUCCAGUAGUUCCGGCUCGACCAGCUCGGUGCCGAUAGACCAGAACACUCUGUCGUAUAUACAACAAGCAUUCAAAGAUAUAUACGCUUUCAUUAAAAACAACCAGUGUCAUGGCGAAUGCUUAACGGGACGAUCAAAACCAAUAGAAAAACAAGUAGAUGAACCAAUGGAAGAACCAGAUGUAGAAGAGGUAGAUAAAAAUGAACUCCGAGUGAAUAUCGUUGCGAAGAAAGCGCAAAGUACCCACAUUAAACUGCUAGAGAAUGUUAAAAUCAAAAAAAUGACUAAAUCAGCACAUUUGCUGGGCGAUAAACAACAAAAGACUAAAGAGAACAACGAAAAGAAUAAUAUGAAACCCGAGAUGUUUGAAAGGCAAAUGGGAGAUUCGAGAAAUGCUCAUGGUGACGAACAGAGCAUUCUAGAAGAUAUUAUAACAGCCCAGAAGGAAAACAAAAAAGCUAUACGAGAACACAACAGCCCUUGCAGUAGUGUUGUGAGCGAUUCGUCCGACACUCUCGUUUAUUCUCCGAAAUCGCCUCGCGUCUUCGUCGAGAGUGUGCACGCACGAAUUAACCCACGAGAUGCGUUAUAUUCUUCUUCUGAUGAAGAUUCC